CUAUUUGGUAGCAUAUAUACAAGUAGUCAAGUACACGGUAGAAUCACACUUAACCUCAUUGGAAAAAAAUGACGACAGAUAAUAAGCAAAAGAAGCUAACGAUACCAUUCAAAACGAGAAUCGCUAUCGCGUUUCUCAACACCUUCACCGAUAGCGCUCAACGCUCCGACGGUUCCAUCAACCGCCGUCUCCUCCGCCUCUUCGACUUUCGCGCACCUCCCAACCCCAAGCCUGUAAACUCCGUCUCCACCUCCGACUUCGUCGUGGACCCUUCUCGCGACCUCUGGUUCCGUCUCUUCACUCCACACGUCGUCUCCGGAGACCGCGUCCCCGUCGUGGUGUUCUUCCACGGCGGAGGCUUCGCUUUCCUCAGCCCCAACGCUCACCCUUACGACGGCGUGUGCCGGCGUUUCGCCAGGAAACUACCGGCCUACGUCGUCUCCGUCAACUACCGUCUCGCUCCGGAGCACCGUUACCCCGCUCAGUACGACGACGGGUUCGACGUCUUGAGGUUCCUCGAGGAGAAACGCGGCGAGGUUCUCCCGGCGAACGCCGAUCUGUCGAGGUGCUUCUUCGCCGGAGACAGCGCCGGCGGGAACAUCGCGCACAACGUGGCGAUACGAGUCUGCCGCGAGCGCCGUUUCGCCGCCGUGAAGCUCGUCGGAAUGAUCUCGAUCCAGCCUUUCUUCGGCGGGGAAGAGAGGACGGAGGCGGAGAAGAGCCUCGUCGGAAUGCCUCUGGUUUCGCCGGAGAGGACUGACUGGUGCUGGAGGGCGAUGCUGCCGGAGGGAGCGAACCGGGACCACGAGGCGGCGAAACCGAGCGCUGUGGACAUAUCGGAUCUUGAUUAUCCGGAUACGAUGGUGGUGGUGGCCGGGUUCGACCCGCUAAAGGAUUGGCAGAGAAGUUACUUCGAGUGGUUAAAGUUAUCCGGGAAGAGAGCAACACUGGUCGAGUAUCCAAACAUGUUCCAUGCGUUUUAUAUCUUUCCUGAGUUGCCGGAGGCUGGGCAGUUAAUCCAGCAGAUUAAGGAUUUUGUUGAGGAGCGCGUGGCCUCAAUCUCCUCUUAGUAUUUUUAUUUUUUGUUUACAUCAAAAGAUCAUUCUGUCUUCUUUUAGUACUUCAUGUUGUCCUAAAUCCUUAAUGAAAUUAUUAUUAUUAAGUUAA